AUGUCGCCGUUAUCACCAGAGUCAGCGAAAGCAAUCGCAAGAUUACGCGCAUACAAGCCUCCUCCCAGCAACUAUGAUUCAGUACCACUUACUCGACGAGCAGCAGUGCUAAUCCUACUCUACGCUGAUUUGAAUGGAGAUCUGAAGACCGUUCUCACCAUCCGGGCAAAGACAUUGAGUUCUUUUGCUGGUCACGCUGCAUUCCCAGGAGGUACUCCUACCCAAUCGCAAUGCUUCCGAAGCUCCGCAAAGGAUCUAAGCUCAUACUUGAAUCUAGGAAAAGCAGACUCAGCCCACGAAACAGCCUUCCAAACAGCCCGCCGCGAAGCAACCGAAGAAAUCGGCCUGCCAAACAUAGGCGAGCCCUUAUUCCCGCCAUUCAAAGUAGAGCAUCUCUGCGAACUACCCGCCAGCCUGGCUAGAAAUGAGCUCGUGGUUAGACCUUGCGUCGCAUUCUUGCAUUCGUAUGAUGAGACAACGGGUAAAACGGCUGAUCCAGAGACAGCACUGAUUCCGAGGCUGGAUGCCAAGGAAGUUGCGGCUGUUUUUACGGCGAGGUUUCAAGAUUUUCUGAGGAAGGAGGUUGAUUUUUCUUCCUCUGGUAGCUUGGAGGAGGAGGAUGUUGAGAAACAACAGCCGGAGGAUUGGUAUCAGGGUUCAUGGACGACGUGGCAUGAAUCUAAUUGGAGAAUGCAUCAUUUCUACAUCCCCAUAUCCGAAAAAAGCGUAACCAAAUCCAGGCCCAAACGCAAAUCCAAAAAUCUACAGGAUUUCGCCAUCACAAAACUAGAAGAACGCGAACGAUCCGGUGAAAUAUCUCGCUACAAAGUCUGGGGUAUGACAGCCCGGAUCCUGGUAGAUGCGGCUCGAUUGGCAUAUGACCAAGAACCGGAGUUUGAGCAUAAUAGCCAUUUUGGAGAUGAGGAGAUUAUUGCAAAGCUACGACGGAUUGGGAGGUUAGGCGCUGUCAGGGGGCCGGGGGACGAGCUCACUCGGGAGACGAUGCAGAAGGCUGCAAAACUUUCUUAA